UUCUCAUUGCAGGAUAACAUAACCGUACACUAGUAGUGCAACGACUCCACCGUGAGGAUAUAUACUUACGUAUGUACCUCUGAUGAGGGAACAAGUGAGUGUGUGUGUGCUAUGAAAUGUGUUUCAGUUAUUUGAAGCGGGUGAAAAUAGAAAGGGUGAAAAAGUGAGUCGAGCUUUAGAGCGGCUCAGAAUUAAUGUGCAACACGCGGAAGUUUCUUCUCGUUUGAGUCUCAAAUUACAGUGAAACGGAGGCGGCAACGACCCAACUAUCAAGCGAAGAGAUCUGUGCCAAAAUAUGUGCCAAGUUGAGUGAACUUUCAGCAACACGCGUGAUUGAACCUAAUAUGUUGAUUGGAUACCAUCAUCCACACAUGGAUCAUCCCAAAGGACAAAGGAAGUAGUCCCUGGCACUUUUCCAUGAAGCUACAAAGACUGCCAACAACAAGACCGUGUGUGUGGAAUAUUCUAUGACAAUAAUGGUUCAGCUAGAAAAGCGUUCAAAUUCAACAUAAUUGGUGGUCACGAAACGGAAGUGGAAUAUUACCAAUACCAUUAUCCACUAGAAUACAAAAGAUCAUUUGAUUGAUAUCAGCCCUCGGAGAUUUCCUUCCAUUGUGAGUUCAAGAUCUGGGAAAAAUGGUGCGCUCUUGACCUCCGGAAUUUCAAGUGAUUUUAGUGACCCUGCGUGCAGUGUUACCCCAGAACAGGGAAGUGAUCUGAGUUGCCUUCCUCGCCCCAUCAUCUUCAGGCAAUAAAAUGUUUCCAAAUUGGCUUUUACAACACUAACGACCCACCCCACACCCCUGAUGAGACCUCCUCAAGCCACCAAAGCUCAGUAUAAAGCUUACAGUGUUAUGCAAGAGAGGAAACAUUUUCUGUUGCGGAUCAUGAUCAAUAAGUGAAUUGAUCAAGGUUACGGUUGUGCACCAAGAGUGAAAAUGAUUGAGCACAAUUCUUUGGUGAGCUCCAUGAUGAGCUACUCGGAGCAACAAUUUAUACACUCUUUAAGAAAAGAGCCAGAUAAACGAAGCAUACAGGAGUUGCAAGUUAUUUAUGCUCAUCUCGCCAGCAUUGAAGCACUAUCCAAGCUUCGAGAAUCUGCACUGAGGUCUCUUUGCACAAUGGUGAGAUAUGAGAGACAUUGCGCCAACGACAUCCUUUACUGUCGUGGAGAAUUGGCAUCAUGUUGGUAUAUUCUUUUAUGUGGAGCAGUAUUUAUUGACGGCCAAAUGUUUCUUCCAAGAUCAAGCUUUGGAAAACGAAUUGGAGGUGCUGCUCGGCGACACAAUGAAUGCCUCAUCUUGGAACCUUCUGAAAUGAUUGUGAUCGACUAUGUGGACGGGCGAGCUCGUACGGAGCGGAUCAGCGAUGCCUCAGGAUCCACCAUGAUGAUGCAUUCUCCCAAUGGGCCUUCCUCCAAAGCAAUCACUGAAGUGACCAUUCAGCCACAUGGAGGAACAUUUGUGGACUCAAGCUCGUCCUCGACCUCGUCUGAUAUCGCCUCAUCCGAUGAUCACCCCCCGCCUCCUCCACCAAGGAACCAUCAUCUUCUCCAAGGAUCUCAAUACCAGAUGCAUCAACAACAAAAUCAGCACCAGUUGCACCAUCACAUCACCAACGGACAUAUCCACCACACGAAACCUCCGGUAUCGUACCCGCAUCACGGGUCGCAACAUAUAGUACACCACAAUGAAUCGACUACCAUCUACCAUAAGGCAAUGAGGAACUCUCACAGUUCAGACUCGAGCUCGGCCUACAGUGGCUCUGACACGAUGCAAAGUGUUCCUAGUAGUGGUGAAGGUGCAGAGGAAGUGGAUCUCACGGGCCUUAUGGAGUCUGUGGUGGACUCAGAUGAAGAAGAAGACAUUAGUGAGACCAGUCUCGUAGUCAGAGACGCUGUCCGGGAGUGUUUGGAAAAAGAUCCGAAUGAUCGAACGGAGGAGGAUGUGGAUACCCUGCUGGAAUUCACCCAGCAUCUUAAGGCCUUUACCAAUAUGACCAUGUAUGUGCGAAGAGCCUUGGUAGCCACAAUGGUCUUUGCAGUCGUGGAAAAAGCCGGUACUGUGGUGAUGACGGAUGGAGAGGAAUUAGAUUCAUGGUCGGUCAUCAUUAACGGUCACGUCGAGAUCGAGGAGAGUAAUGGCAAGGUUCGAGAACUCCACUUGGGAGAUUCCUUUGGGAUCAAGCCCACGAUGGACAAGUUGUACCACCGAGGUGUAAUGCGAACCAAAUGCGACGACUGCCAGUUUGUGUGUAUUACCCAAACCGAUUACUACCGCAUCCUGCACCAGGGUGAGGAGAAUCAAAAAAGACACGAGGAAAACGGUCGAGUGGUCCUGGUCACCGAGAAACGACAAGUGGGCGACGUGGAACCUCAACGCCGUGGUCAUGUGGUCAUCCGUGGGUCUUGCGAAAAGCUCAUGGGACAACUGAUGGAAGACAACUCGGAUAUGGACCCGACUUUUACCGAAGAUUUCCUCCUCACCUAUCGUACUUUCCUCGGCUCCCCGGUGAUCAUCAUGAAGCAACUCGUCAAGUGGUUCGAGGAGUCCCAUUUGAGGGACAAGGUCACCCGAGUGCUUUUGCUAUGGGUGAACAAUCAUUUCACCGACUUCGAGACGGACCCUCAGAUGAUGGAAUAUCUGGAAAAGUUCGAGAAUUGCUUGGAGGCGGAAAAGAUGCAGGGUCAGCUCCGCAUGUUGAAUUUUGCUUGCGCCGCCAAAGCCCGCAAGCGGACCGUCACCCUCACGCGUCCCUCGAGGGACGAGCCUCUCCAAUUCUCGACUCUGGGAGGCUACGAGAGAGGAUCGGGCAUCUUCAUAUCUAGAGUGGAAAAGGGCUCCAAAGCCGACGAAAUUGGUCUCAAAAGAGGGGAUCAGAUACUCGAAGUCAAUGGGCAAAGUUUUGAGCAUGUCACGAAGCAUGCUCGAGCAUUAGAGAUUCUCAAGGGGGUCUGCCAUUUGAGUAUUACCGUCAAGAGCAAUUUACUGGCUUUCAAUGAGAUGCUUCAGGCCCCAGAUGACAGUACCCCUCGAUCGAGGGCAAGAGGAAAAUCUGUGGGAUCGACGAACCAAACCAAUUGCCCUAAUGCCGGUGGUGUUGGUGUUGGUGGUGGUGGAAGUAGUCUUUCUGGUUGUGGUGCGUCCUCGACGGCCUCCAAACACGAUCCUCACCUUCAUGCUCGUGCGAUGCUCUCCGAGCAGAGUACCUAUUCGGGAUCGGAGGGAACGCUCUCCUUCCCCGCUCAUCAUUCCUUUGCCAUGGAUACAAGAAGUCAAGUCAGCAAUAACACGGUGGUUUCUGGUCCCUCCACUAAGGAAGGAACUAGUCGGGACACAACGCCGACCUCAAGAAAAAAGAAGGACGGGGGUCAUGUCGGUAGUCACAGCAAUGGCACGGGACCGGCCAAACCGUCUGGUGGUAGUAGCAGCAUAAAGCAGUCCAGGAUUAACCGGGCCUUUAAUCGCUUCCUUCACAAGCCAAAGAGCCUCAUGAAUAUGGAUUCAGCGGGGAACGACGAGUUCUUGGGAUCCGCUCAAAAUGGAAAUCGAACUUCAUUAUCCCCCUCAGGGGUACCCAAUGCCUUAUCCAAUCCUGACCUUCGGGAUUUUGAGCGACCUGCCCACCAAGAUCACAAGUCUGAGUACCCCGAGCACGUGCUCAAAGUCUACAGAGCUGACCAGACUUUCAAAUAUCUAUUGGUUCACAAGGAGACCACGGCUCACGAGGUCGUAAUGCUCUCAUUACAAGAAUUUGGAAGCACCGAACCGAGUUCAAAUUAUACCCUUUGUGAGGUCUCUGUGGCAGAAGGGGGAUUUGUCAAGCAGAGAAGGCUUCCGGAGGCUUUGCAAAAUUUGGCCGAGCGAAUCGGAUUAGCCAGUCGGUACUACAUCAAGAAUAUCCAUAGCUCGGAAUCUCUCCUUCCCGACGAAGUCGUCGCGGAUCUGGUCAAGGAGGUCCAUGUCACCCUCCUUCAACUGAACCCCGUGGAAGUAUCCACGCAAUUGAUGGUAGAGGAUUUCACCAUCUUCCGUCAAAUCGAGGCCACGGAGUACGUCGAAGAUCUGUUUGAAAUCAAGUCCCGCUACGGCACGCCCAGUCUGAGCCUCUUUGCGGAAUUGGUCAAUCGAGAGAUGAUGUGGGCCAUCUCGGAGAUCGUGUCCGAGCCCAACGCCACCAAACGCAUGCGAAUCAUCAAGCAGUACAUCAAAGUGGCGCGACAAUGCAAGGAAACCCAAAAUUUCAACUCCAUGUUUGCCAUCAUCUCUGGCCUUGGACACGGUGCCGUGUCUCGGCUGAAGUCAUCCUGGGAGAAGCUUCCCACUAAAUAUCAGCGAAUGUUCAAUGAGAUGCAACAACUCAUGGAUCCCAGUCGGAACAUGAGCCGCUACCGGAACUUGGUAACGGGGGAGGACGUCCAACCACCAAUCAUCCCGUUCUAUCCCGUCGUCAAGAAAGAUCUGACUUUCAUCAAUCUCGCUAAUGAUAGUAAGAUCGAGGAACUAGUCAAUUUCGAAAAACUCCGAAUGAUUGCGAAAGAGGUACGAGCUUUGACAAACAUGUGCUCCGCUCCCUUGGAUCUGUUCUCUAUGUUAGAGCUCGGUGGUCAACAACCCUCCAACGCAAUGGUGGCCAUGAACCAACUGACAGCGGGCGGACAAUACUUGGCCACGGUCAAUCGGAACAGGCGGAAAAAGAACGGCGGAGUUCCAAAUCCAAAGAGGAUGUAUGAAGAGGCCCAGAUGGUCCGACGUGUCAAGGCCUACUUGAACAACAUGAAAGUGAUUACCAAUGAGGAGAAGCUUCAUCAGAUGUCUCUAGAAUGCGAGCCUCCGUCGGGAGGAGGAAUCUUGUCAAAUUCUUCCAUGCAGCAAUCGGUGAGGAAACGAAAUCCCAGCCCGAGUCCAUCCGCCUUGAGUUCGAACUCAUCAGCCUCUCAUGGAUCAAAUGUGAACAAUCACUCCUCGGUAGAACGGAAAGUCAGUCCAAAUGGCGGGAUUGGAAGUGGUCAUCUGGCCAACAACUCCCCGGUUCAUCCCAAAUUUGGUUCAGCUAGUCCGCAAGCUGUGAAGAAAUUACUGGCGUUGAGUGAGCAGAGUCGGACACGUCCUAAGUCACAUAUGGGCGUGCCUUCGCCCAUGGCUAGUCGCAAGCCUGGUGCUUCCCAAGGGCCGCUAUCGGGUACCCAGCAUUUCGGAUCAUCGAGCCAGAAUCCUGUGGAUUUGACGGCCGAGUCCAGUUCGGUGACUUCGUUACCCGUUCUCCGAAAAGCCACGACAGGCUCCAUCACCUCCACAGAUAGUGGAUUGGGGAUCUAUGACCCGCAAAGUCUAAAGCAUCAUGGCUCGCACGAACCAUCCUCGGACUUGAUCCGCCAUCACCACUCUCAAUCGUCAUCUGCCUCUCCGCGAAUCGGUCAAACCCGCAGACAAAGCACCCAUCACAGAAAACCUCGGAUUUCCCCCAAUUUGCACCAACUUCACCAACACCACUCUUUCGAUUUCUCACUCAUUAACGCGAGUGCCAGUGCCACUAACCCGGUGUCAAGUUUGAAUCACAAUCACGGCCGCACCUCCCCCAACCCUGGUCAAAUCCCGCCCUCUUCCCCUCCACCGCCCAUUGGCCCACCUCCAUUGCACAUACGCAAUCCCUUCACGACUCGGAUGAUCGGGGGUAAGGGUAUGCACCUCCCACCGCCCCGUCCCCCGCCCAAAACUCAAAGGGGGACGGUGCCAUCGUAUUACGUCACCGACCCCGAUGAGGAGGAAGACGCUCAUGAUGCCGAAGACGAGGAUGAAGAUGAGGAGACCCAAGUUUCUGCCGUUUGAAAAUGACCGUGUGGAAACCCCCUUGGUUAAAACCUGAAGACAAACCCAACCAAAAUGUCAGCGACGUCGCCAUCGACCUUACUUCCUUCCCCGAAAGAGUUUUGAAGCCAGUACAAAACCGGUUGCGUGUUCGUUGCUAACAGCAUUUACAGAUCUGAUGGAGAGUCUCGAUUUGUGGCUCGUGUUAACCGAUUCCACCUGAAAGCCUAUGUUUGUAUUAGAAGAGAUUUUAUUAUUCUAUAUAUAUGUAAAAGAUUCUGUUGGUUUUUGAUGAUUAUAUCGUGACGGAAAAAUAAACAUAUCUCAUAUUUACAGUCCAGAAA